CGAGUAUUAGCGUGGGAUUAAUCUAUUUUUUAAAAAGAAAACUAUUGUUUAGUUUAGUUCAGUUGCGCGGAAGCCCCAGGUGGUUGGAGACUGAGAGGCAACGGAGGAUGGCUAGUAGUGCGUUCUCUCUCGCGGUGGCAGCAGGAGACGAGAGCAGUGAGAGCGACGACGAUGGUUGGGUUGUCGGGUCUGUUUCCAAGGCGUCGCCACAGGAGCAUCGCUUGGAUGACAUGUUGCAGACAAAUGAUAAAGAUGAAGCUUUGAAGAAAGCAUUGAUGGCUGGAAAUUUGUCUGUUGUUGAACAACUUUUAAAUUCAGGUGUAAGUGUGGAAUCUACGUUUAAGUUUGGAUGGACUCCUCUGAUGUAUGCUGCAAGUGUUGCGAACGUGGAACUCAUGCAUAUCCUUCUGGACAGAGGUUCAAAUGCAAGCUGUGAUAAGGAUCAAUAUACAGUGUUGAUGGCUGCGUGUACAGCACGUGCUUCUGAAGAGCAGAUAUUAAAGAGUGUAGAACUGCUUCUCUCUAGAAAUGCUAACCCUAAUGCUGCUUGUAGGAAGAAAAUGACUCCGCUAAUGUAUGCAGCCCGCGAAGGCCACCCUCAAGUUGUUGCUCUUCUUGCUGCUCAUGGAUCACAAAUAAAUGCCCAGGAUGAACAUGGUUACACUGCAUUAACAUGGGCAGCACGCCAGGGACAUAAAAAAGUAGUGUUCAAGUUGCUUGAACUUGGAGCUGAUAAAUCAUUACAGUCAAAAGAUGGACAGACACCAGGAGAGAUUGCAAAGAACAACAAGCAUUCAGAGCUUUUUAGUUUACUUUCUUUGAGUAAAAAUCCUUUUCAUGGAAGGUUCCAGAAUGUGACUAAGGAAGAAGCUAUUCACAGACUUCUGAAAGCAGUUCCUGAUGCAUUUAAAAGCCAGAAAACCAGUUCUUAUGCAGCCUUUGGUGACCUGGAAGUGUUUUUACAUGGCCUUGGGCUUGAGCAUUUAACAGAGGUACUGAAGGAAGGAGAGAUUGGUUUAAGACAGCUUUUGACCAUGGGAAAAGAAGACUUCAUACAGAUUGGAGUUAAGAAUACUAGAGAUCAACAAAAAAUCUUAGAUGCUGUUAAAGAACUAAAGGUGGAAGAAGUAAAGUUGGAAGAAUUGCCUGAAGUGAAGAAUUUGGAAUUCAGUGGUGAUGAGUUUCUUUCUUUUCUCGUGAAACUAAAUAGACAAUGUAUUCAUCUUACAACUGCUGUGCAGAGUGUGGUUAAUCAGUUCCCUACAGAUGCUCACAAGUUGGUUCUUGAAUGGAGUCCACCUCAGAGCCUUGCUAAAGUUUGUGAAGACCUCGUUUCCAGUGCUGGAGACCUGAGUGGAGAAGCUAGCAAAUUAAAAAAGCUCAUGCAAAAGUUGCAUGAUGGACAGAAUAAUGAUCCUUGCCGAAUACAAUCCAUGGUGGAAAAACGCUGGUGGAAGAAGACUUUUGCUAAAAUGGCAGCAGUAACAUUGGUUGGAUCUGGAUGUGCCUUCUUUAUAAUUAAGCUAACUUUAUGGAAGAGCUGAGUUGGAGUCAUACUUAAAACAACUUUUGGAUAUAUUUCUCAUCAUUUAGAAUUACAGAUAUAAUUACUAUAUAAUUAAUAUAGUAACAUUCAUGGUUUGGUUCAGGAGUUUCAAUUUUAUAAAAGUACUUUAAUUUCCAUCU